AUGGCGUCGCUUAUAUCGAACUUCGUGCCACGCAUCCUCCUUGAUCGAUUCAGGAAAACCUACGGAUUUUGUCACAUCUCCCGGGUCCCUCUGGACGUUUACGUUGAUUGCAUCUUCAUCUACCUUGACGUCGAAGAUAUCGUAAGUCUGCGGCAGGUCAGCAAGGCCUUUUAUCUUCUUACACAUGAACCGAUUAUCUGGAGACGUUUCUUGGUUCGAUUGGAUAUUCCCGUCCCGCCUCUCCGACCCACCUUCCGCUACUCAUACCGAGCCACCGAUCAUGAGAUAGAGCAGCUGGUUAUUCAGGCAAUAACAGUCGAUGACAACUUUAGGAGAGAGGACCCGAAGGUUGUCAGUCGCAGGCUGCUGUUGUCUUACAACAAAGUCCUCGAUAUGUAUCUGCUCCCAGGGGGCAAGUUCCUCAUUGCGUCGGUCAAAGAUCGAUGCAACUUUCGGUUCUACCUCGUGAUUUAUGCCCUAGAUCAUCCCAAGGGUCCACGAGCAAUCGCAAGGGUUCCGACGAUGAUGAAGGCGUACAACGUUCACGCUAGGUUUAUGAAGGUUUUUGGAAGUGAGGAUGGGCUCGUUAUUGGGUACACGCGAAGGAGGUUCAGAACCGGGGCUCCAGUCUGGGCGGACGCAAAUGAUUACAGCACUAGGACAGAUGCCGACAUCGACCCACCUGAAGAUUUUUUCUAUCAAUCCGUUUGUCUCUACAUAUCCAUGGAGAAAAUAGAGGAACUAUCCGAUCCCGACCUCGACAUUGAAUCUCGCGAAUACAUCGACAACGUCACUUCUUCUCCCCCGCCUUUUCUAGAGUUGACCACCGUUGAAUCGGAAUACGAAAUAGAGGAUCUCCAGGUGUUUGAAAAGAAGGGCAUGCCAUUUUUGGCUGUAAUCCAUGCCAUCAACAAUGAAAUCAUUUUCAUUGACUUAUUGGCAAAAACGAUGAUGACCCUUUGCCCCCUGCGAUGGCUUAAAUACCAGGACUACCCUCACCAGAUUCGAGCAUUCCGUCCGCAUCCUGGUCAGACGGAUAUGGUGAUUGUGCGUUCCGUCAAGACACGUACCGGGGAGGUGCAACUCAUAGAAGCAUACGACAUCCCAGACGCAUCCGGUUUGCAGGUCUUGCCGCACAAAGGGGGUUACGAGUUAAGAAAGUCCGUCGCUAGCGUUCACAUAUCGGACUAUGACGUACCAGGACCGACUGGCCCUGAUCAACCGGAUUUGUGUUAUUAUUAUGAUCCCGCACCUCCGGUGUCCAUCUAUCUGCGCCUCAAAAAUCCCAGCGGACUUUUGCACCACGCUAUCUACCCAAUAGAAACAAAAGUAAAGGCCACGGCCACCGCUCCGGCUCACUACGAAUAUGAGUACAAGCACAACGCCGUCCAUGUAACAACCCACAUCUCCGACCCUGAGGUCGCCCAUGUUCUUCCUGGAGCGACCAGAGCGGUCGUAUAUACCGUGGACAAAGACGAUCGCACAGACUUUCCUAAAAUGCUCAGGCUACGGCGGUAUAACCACCCAUUCGCCAGAGCCGGGAAAUACCAAGAGGCCCUCAAGCCCGAACCUGAACCCAUCUCCCGUCGAAAGCGUAAACCGAUUCUUCGUAAAACCCUCUUCCGGACAUUCGGGCCACAAGACAUUGUCGAAGAGAUAAAUAAUCGCGGUGGCGUGGCUGCCAUCGCAUGGGACGAAGGCUCUGGUCGUAUUUGCGUUGCUGCCGAAAAGGAAAACGAAGUUCGCAUUUUGGAUUGCUCGUAUGUUACGAUUCCCGAUGCGCGUUUUGCAGAGUGGAAAAGAAAGCAAGCGGCCCUUAACAAUCCGAGUGAACCCCUUUGA